UUUUGUUAGUUGUCAAAGCCUGAGCUGCUGGUGGUAAAGGGUGGUUGGCUGAAAUAUUUACCCCAGACUUCUUGCAAAUCAAACCAGGUUAUCUGCUAUCUUUUUCCCCCUCCUGCUUCUCUCCUUCCCUCCUUCCCCUUCCUCCCCACCUCUCCUGUGUUAUUUUUUUUUUGUCCUAAAGCUUGGUGGAUAUUGGAUUGAUAGAAAUCUAAUCUGGGGGAAAGUGGAUAGAAUAUGAAAUGCUAGCUGUAGACACUUGAAAGCUUUUGCUCAGACAUUUGCUUAACCCAUCAGCUUCUGCCUCAGAAGAUGAAGGAGUUAACUGUGAUGCUAUGAUUGACUUUAGAUGCCUGAAGAUGUAGUAGACAGUAAACAGAGAACAUUAAGGAAAGGAUUUCUAUUCAUCGAGCAUAAAGAGCGAGGGAGGAUGGCCACGGAGAUCACUACCCCCAACGCCCAGAGAGCCAUCGGCCAUGAGGAGUACAGUCUGUAUAGCAGCAUGAGCGAGGACGAGCUUAUCCAAAUGGCCAUCGAGCAGAGCCUGACUGACAGCUCCUCUGGGCAGCCAGCUGCCCCCGGCCGUCAGAAGCCUCGGACAGCAGGGCGAGAAACAGCUGCGGCCGGGCACGCCAACAGGCCACCGGCCCAUUUCUACCCGUGGACCAGGUCUGCAGCUCCUUCGGGGACCCAGCCUCCGCCUUCCAAUGUGGGCUUAUUUCAAGGGGUCAGGCAAAGAUACAACGGCAGCCUGUUCAAGACCCCCCAGCCUGUAGUCAUCGAUCCUGUGGUGAAGGCCAUCAAGGACGGUGAUGAGCAUGCCUUAACUUCCAUGAUCCAGUCAGGCAAAAACCUCUCUGAGCCUAACAAGGACGGAUGGCUCCCUCUGCACGAAGCUGCUUAUUAUGGCCAGUUAGGUUGUCUGAAAAUAUUGCAGAAAGCCUACCCUGCCGUUAUUGAUCAACGCACCCUUCAGGAGGAAACAGCCCUUUACCUAGCCACCUGUAGGGGCAACUUAGAUUGCUUGCUCACGCUAUUACAAUGUGGGGCUGAACCGGACAUUUCUAACAAGUCUCGAGAGACUCCACUCUAUAAAGCCUGUGAGCGAAAGAAUGUAGACGCUGUCAGGAUGCUGGUGCAAUACAAUGCUGAUACCAACCAUCGAUGCAACCGUGGCUGGACUGCUCUCCAUGAAUCUGUGGCCCGGAAUGACUUGGAAGUCAUGGAAAUUCUAGUGAGUGGAGGUGCCAAGGUGGAAUCCAAGAAUGCAUACGGCAUUACCCCUUUAUUUGUGGCUGCCCAGAGUGGACAGCUGGAGGCCCUGAGGUUUCUGGCUAAGCAUGGUGCGGACAUUAAUACUCAGGCCAGCGAUAGUGCCUCAGCCCUCUAUGAGGCUUCUAAAAAUGAGCACGAAGACGUGGUGGAGUUCCUCUUGUCUCAGGGAGCAGAUGCCAACAAAUCCAACAAGGACGGCAUGUUGCCUCUUCAUAUUGCUUCCAAACGAGGCAAUUGCAAGAUAGUUCAGAUGCUGCUUCCUGUGACCAGUCGCACGCGUGUCAAGCGCAGUGGUAUAAGCCCCCUUCACCUGGCUGCUGAGAGAAAUAAUGAUGAUGUACUGGAGGAACUCUUGGAUGCUGGCUACGAUGUCAAUGCCACGCUGUCCCUUGAGAGGUCCCGGCUGUAUGAGGACAGGCGGAGCACUCCCUUGUACUUUGCUGUUAUCAAUAACAACAUCUAUGCUACUGAAAUGCUCCUACAGGCAGGGGCGAGCCCCAAUUUGGACAUCAUCAACCCUCUGCUCAUCUCCAUCCGCCAUGGCUGCCUCAAGACUAUAGAGCUCCUGCUGGACCAUGGAGCCAACAUUGACGCCUAUAUCUCCAGCCACCCCACCACCUUCCCAGCCACUAUCAUGUUCUCCAUGAAGUGUCUUUCGCUUUUGAAGUUCCUCAUGGAUCUUGGCUGUAAUGGUGAUUCCUGCUUCACAUGUCAGUAUGGGAAUGCCCCCCACCCAGUGACGCAGGUCACGUCCAGCAGGUUCAAUGAGAUGCCUAUGGACAAAUCGCCCACUGUUGUCCAGUUCUGUGAAAUCAUCUCUGCCCCCGAAGUGAGCCGUUGGGCAGGGCCCAUCAUUGAUGUUCUCUUGGAUUACGUUGGGAAUGUGCAGCUGUGUGCCAGGCUGAAGGAACAUAUUGAGAGCUAUGAAGACUGGGCUGUCAUCAAAGAAAAAGCAGAGCCUCCAAGACCUCUGGCUCACCUCUGCCGUCUGAGGGUUCGAAAGGCCAUUGGGAAAUACCGCAUCAAACUCAUAGACACUUUGCCUCUGCCUGGCCGGUUGAUCAGAUACCUGCAGUAUGAUAAUUCUCAGUAAUCUGACCCACGAUAGAGGAAGGGGAAGCUUCCUUAUGAGGUUUUACUCAGCUCAGUGAUUAAGUACCAGGAUGAUGGCUUUCCAGUGAUGAUGGUCAACUGAUAGAAUAGCCUUCCAACUCAUAAGGCUUAUGGCUACACCAUCAAUGUGGCCAACACAAAGAUUCUGGUGUUGGUGGGGCCAUGGUCCAAAAGUGAAGAGGGAUAAAAAAAAGAGUGAGGUGGGUGGGUGGGUUGGGGAGGGAGCAAGAGAGAUUUACACAAAAGCUGCCAUCCCUGGAUUUCCAGACCAGAAGACAAUUGAUUGAGUUAUCACCAGUUCCAGGCCUUGUAGGCAAAGUGGAAACCAGUAUGAAAGAAAACCUGUCACUUCAUAGGGUUUCCAGGACUUUGAGGUGUGAUCAAGAUUAAAGGAGUCUCUAGAAGUCCAGGAAAUAUAGAAAAACAAAAGCUACAUUUGCCUGGUAUGCCGUGACGUAGUUGCUAAAGAUUAGAACAACCCAUUUGCCUUUCACAGUAUCAUAGCAAAUUUCCUUAGAUUAAUGUGGCUUCAUUUUCCCCUGCCCCCUCCUUCCUUUGUUAAAUCUUUUAUUUUAAGAAUCAUAAAAUCUCAGAGUGGAGAGGGACUUAAGAAGGCAUCUUGUCUAGCCUCCUAUGCUAUGCAAUAAUUCUUUCUGUGAUUUUCAUGAGAAGUUUGAUGCAUACACAUGACAUCAGAAUGAUGGAACCCCAGAUUUGCCAUUUAAAAUCAAUGAGAGUGUGGACAAGUCAAUUCCUGCUCUGAGUCUCAACAACCUCCUUUGUAAAAUCAGGACUUGUCCUUAAGGCUCUAUGAGAUUCCUUCCAACCUUUGAAUCAUACACUUCUCUUUUAUAUUGAGCACAUUGUUUUCUAAAUGAAACUUGGUAAUCACCUCUACAUUCAUUUGGGGCACCACCUAGUGGUAUUUUGGGGUACAAUCAUGUCACUGAACCCCUUAAAGAUCCAAGAGUGUUUUAAAAGAUGGCUCCUCCUUAACAAGACUUGAUUCCUCCAUCUUGUAUCCUGUUGUCUCUAUUUUUUUUCCUUAUCUACACUCAAAUGUUUCUUCUUCUCAAUUGUCCUCCCAACAUAUUGUGGUUGGAGAUUCAGGACUAUGGUGGGAUUAUUGUCUAAAGAUUUUAGUAAAUACAAUGCAUACCUCCUAGGUGACUCCUGAUACUUCUGUUAGCCAAACUUUAUUUUUUAUAUAAAUAUUUUAUUGCUAUUUUCAUCACUGUCCCUUUCCAGUGAUUCACUCCUCUUACCCUAACGAACCCUCCUUUAUAUCAAAGAAGCACCAGGUGCUAUGAACCCAACUUCUAGAUCAGAAUGGGGCCUGAUGAUAGGAGUCAAGGUUUACAGUGUGAAACAUUAUGUUUACUGUUUGAUUUCUGUUUGUAAGAGAACCAAAGACACAAAACAAACUCAUUUGGAAAGUAACUCUGGCCACACACAUUCUCCAGCCUUCACUCCAAGAUUUGACCCUUUGACUUGUUUCCUAUAAUCUAUAGAUGGUGGGAAUAUAACAAUUCAUCAUGAACAGGGAUGAUGGGGGAAGAAGAGGCCACGUUAUAUACCCAGUUCACCUUUGGGAUCCUUUUAAACACAAUUUCAUAGAGAUGCAUAAUCUUCAGACUCAUAUAUCUGUCAUGACACUGGAAAAAAUAUAACACAUUAAAAAAAAAAACCAACCCUUACCCUCGAUCUUAAAAUCAAUACUGUGUAUUGGUUCUAAGGCAGAGAAGCAGUAAGGGCUAGGCAAUAGGGGUUAAAUGACUUGUUCCACAGCCAGAAAGUGUCUUGAGGCCAGAUUUGAACCCAGGACCUCUCACCUCCAGGCCUGGCUCUCUCAAUCCGCUGAGCCACCCAGCUGCCUCCAAAACAUAUAUUUAACAACUAGCUUGUGUUAUAAACAAAGAUACUGUGAUGAUAACAGAGCUUUCCUAGAGCUCUAACAAUUAUAUAGUGCUUUAAGGUUUACAAAGUGUUUUCUACAUGUUAAUGCAUUUAAUCUUCACAACAAUUCUGUGAAGUAGCUACUAUUACCACCCCAUUUGACAAAUGGGGAAACUGAGGCUGGUGGAUGUUAAAUAACUUGCCCAGGGUCAUACAGCUUUUAGGUAUCUGAGACUGAAUUAAAACUCAAUUCUUUCUCAUUUCAAUGCCAGCACUUUAUCCAUUAUGGUCCCUGGCUUCCUGAUUUCAUGCAACACAUAUACUGAUGGUUGGUGAGGUCCAUGUCCAAUGCAGUUACAUUGCCUUAUCAGCCCUGCCUUUCUUUGCUCAUUACCACAAUGGAUGGAUGAGGCCAAUUAAUAUACUCCUAGUGCUAAGUUUGCUCUGUUUUGUCCUAAAGCCACAACUUGCAUUUGCAUAGAUCUUUCUGUAAUAACAUCAGAGUUAAAUACUUGUUCAUUUCUAUGAGAUUCUUCUACUUUCCACACUGUUAGAUGAAAGGAAAUGGGUGUUACGAGGGACAGUGUGAUGUCGAAGAGAGGGGACUAACCUAGAAUUCAAGAUGUGCAGGUUUUGGUCCCCUCUCUACCACUUGGAACACAUACGUGCCUUUGGGCAAGUCCCUUGUCUCUUCUAGACCUCUAUUUCCUCAACAGUAAAAUGAGGUGUUGGAUGAGAUGAUCCAUCUCGAAGGCUUCUUCCAUCUCUGAUAUAUUAGUAGUCUUUGAAGCCUUUCUCUGAGGAGAGAGAAACACUGAGUCUGUGAUAGCUUACUAGUUCUAGGUCUUCAACCAUAAAACUAAAUGCAGGUAUAAAGUUCUUCUUUUGAAUCUUAGAGUGGGAAGGAUCCUUAGAGGUCAUCUAGCCCAACUCCCUUACUUUACAGAUGGGAAAACUGAGGCUUGCCCAAGGUCCCACAAAGAGUUAGAGCAGAAGAGGGUUAACUCUUUCCACUUCCACAGCAGUCUAUCUAAGUAAUAGAUAUUUUAAAAUCAUCUCCUAAACCAAUAACUAUUUUCCAUAUGACAAAAUCUUUUUCACAGGACACCAUCAUAAAUCACCUACCCAAUGGGCAUCAUAAACUCAUAGAUGAGAAAACAUUAUUUAUAAUAUAAUACAUCCUUUGCCAACACCAUUAUCUUGAAGGAAUUAACUUCCUCCCUGCUGUCCAAAAAAAUAACAAAAACAAUCAAAAAAGUAAAAAGAAAAAUAAAGGUAAAUGUAGGAAAGUAAAAAACCAAAACUCAGGAAAGGAAUAAUUCAAAAAUUGUCUUAUAGAAUAUACUAAUGGAUGGAGAGAGAAAAGAAAGGCCUUGUUGUGUCAUGCAAACCAUUUGGAACUAUAGAAUUUCUCAGAAUAGAAAGCUCAUGUAGUAUCUUCACUUUAAAAUCUUCAGAGAUCUUCAUGUUCCAGAGAUCUUGGACUCAUAUAACACCAAUUGAAUAUUGCUAUUAAAAAGAUAGACUUUUGUUUUGGGGGAAAGUUUGCAGUCAUUAAAGGAGUUUGCAAUUUCCUAAAGGUAAUCUAGCCCACUCUCCUUUUGUUUAAUUCUAUACUCAUAUUAUCAUCCAUAUUGUACUCUCUGUCCUAGAUCUGCUGAUAAAGGAUUGCUAUAGGUUGUCUAUCCAACUGCAUGUCAUAAUUUGAACAAAAGACGUUUUUUCAUCCACUUUGUUUGUCUCAUGUGAAUUGUUAGACUAAAUUCAAAUUUGAGAGUUUUCAUUUUUGUAUACUUAGGUAAAAGUUGUAUUUUUUUUUUCAAAAUUAAGAAAUGGAAACUGAUUGGAAAAUAAAUUUCUCUCCAGUCUGAAGACAGGAA